GGCCAUGUUCGGCCGGGCCGUCGCCCGCCUCAGCCAUGUCCGGCGGGCCGCGCCGCCCGGGCGCAGCGGGGCCGGGCGGGCCGCGCAGUUCUGUGCAACAUCCACACUGCUGGCAUCAAGAACAGGAAUGUAGAAGCUGCAAUGAUUCAGAUUCUCCGGUGUUUGAGAAAUAUCAGUGUGACCAUUCAGACCGCUGGCUGGAGAGCUCUACAGCAUCAGAACAUUCUAGGCCUCUUUCCAGUUGCCCCAGCUGGAAAGGUAGCAUUGAAGAAGGCAAAACAAUGAGGACAUCAAAUAAAAAAAUGACAAAUUCUGUUUCAAGCGAUUCUGCUAAUGCAGCUGUGUGGGAAACUGAUGAAGUGGUCCUGAGGAGAAGACAAAAACAGAUCAAUUUUGGAAAGAAUACCCUCGCAUAUGACAGAUACAUUAAAGAAGUUCCAAAGAAAGAGCGAAUCCCGGGAGUUCACCCCAGAACUCCCAACAAGUUUAAGAAGUACAGCCGUAGGUCCUGGGACAAGCAGAUCAGGCUGUGGAAGAUAGCACUGCAUGCCUGGGAUCCUCCUGCUGAAGAAAACUGGGAUCUGCAGCCUGUUAGUACAGAACCUUCAGGUAGUUCCCAGGAAUGGUUUUGCAAAGAUGAGGAUGUUUCUUUUGUGUUUGACGAAAAGCAGAAGAGAAAUGAAUGUGAAGAUGAAUGCACACAGACUGCCUACGCACCUGACAGUUCCCGUUCUCCUGAUUCUUCUCCAGUAUGGAAACGCAGAAAAAGAAACAAUUCUGACUCCUCUGUGGUUUCAGAGAGCAAAAACCAUUAUCUGCAGAUGUACCACACACUGGAAAGCCUUACUGACUCAGGACAUCAGGAGGCUUUUUCAAAGUGCUCAGAGUGGGAAGCCUUUGGUGAAAGAGAUGAAGUUAUGACAGUACAACAAAGUAUAGGAAUAACAAGUGACAUGAUUCCAGCCAGCUGUUCUUCAGGAUGGGACAGUCCAAAACAGAAGAAAUCCAGCUUCUUUUUGCCUGACAGCAAGAGUUGCAGAGAUGCAGACUGCAGGCUGGAGAGGCUUAAACUUUGUAGCAAUUUAUGGGAAGGACAUCAGUCAGAAUACCCUGACAGAGGAUGGGAAAGUGCAAAUGCUGAAGAUACGAUAUUUAGGAAAAAAUUUUAAGUACCAAGUCUCUCUUUGUAUAUAGAAGUAUUGAAGGAAUUUCUCCUGUGACAGACUUGAAGAAUAGGGAUGUAGUCUGAGAUCAGCAGAUCAAGUCUUGGAAAACUGGUGCUGUCAUGUAAGAUCUGCACUGAAAGAGGAAGAGAUUUACAGUCAGCAUAUGUGCAAUCAACAUAAGGUGAAAUUAUUCAGAUUUCUCCAGAUCUUUGUAAGGAUAGAUUGUUUCCUGCAAGCUGUGCCUCAAGUAAAAAACUUCAGAUUUCGUGAAGCCUGCGCUGCAAUGGCAGUGGAUGUUCCUUAAAGCUUUUGUGAGGACAUUUCUGCUGUGCCUGUGUGCCUGUGUUGGCAGGUGACAUGUGCAUUAUAUUUCAAAGGCUGCUUCAGGUGAUGGAUCCUGCCAUUCCCUCUGGAGAACUUGUUCCUCAGAGUGUGAUGGUGCACCAUUGAAUUGGUCCAAUGUCAAGUCAGACUGAAAAAUGCAACCUGUCCAACCAAGGAACCCCCUCUGCUCCACUGGACCAGAAUUGGAUAUUCAGCCUGAAGAACUGCUUCAAAAGAAUGUAGAUGAUUUUAGCUUUCCUCCAGUCCUUAAAGACAGGCUGUUCAUAACUUUGGGAUUGGGUGAUCACCCAUUUUGCCUAUUUACUGUUCUCUGAGAUGUAUUAAGCUGGCAUUUGCCUAAGCCAGGUGAGAGAAGAGAAAGGAAAGGUAGAUAGUUUAUCAAAAUCGGAUCCUUUUCUUGAAGGGGCUGAGUGACUGUUAGAGCAGCAGCACAGUUUGAUUACUUGGAUUUUGCUUUUGUGUGUUGCAGCCUGACCCAAAGAGCCAGUGUACAAUUAAAGAGUAGGAGAAGAUGCAUUCAGUGCCUGUUAUUCCUACAACUAUUGGGGAUGAAUAGCAGUAUUUGCAGGUGUGGAGCUGCUCUUGUCCAGGCUAAGGAUUGUGGUGGUGUUGGGAUAGGCUCUCCUUUGUUGUUUUUUUUUGCUCUGCUAGCACUAUGUGCAGAAGUUUUAAGUGAGAGCUGUGGCUAUGGUGAUUUAGACUAAAUUCAGGUGCCAGUUAAAAGAAUUUUACAGUCUUUGUGUAGCAUGUGCUGGGAUACCAAUGUCUGCUAGAGCUGGGAGUUCUCUCUGCAGGAGGCUGCUUUCCCAUGCUAUGGGGCUAGCAAUACCCAGGGUCAAGAGCCCAUUGGGCUGCUGAUUUGGAAGUAAGCUGCUUCCCCAGAAACUGCUCUCACUCCCAAAAUGUUAUUUCCAGGCACACUCAUGUAUUUUUCCCAACACAAGAGUGUAUCAGUCACACACCACAGAGCACGGAGUGUGUGUACAAGGGACACUUCUGUACAGCACUUUUCUAAGAGGUAAUAUUUAGAACUUUGUCCAGUGUGCAUGUUUCAUUAUAAUUUAUGGUGAUUGUAAAUAAUGGAAUGUGUUACAUUUUUGGCAAUUUGCCUUUAUGCAGAAGAAUUAAAGACUUUAACAAGU